CCCCUCUCUGAGCUCUCAUUGCUCUGUUAAAGGGAGGUGGUCCUCCAAUCCCUCCUGAUUCUGCUCUCUCACGCUCUUCAACACAUGCAACAGACCUCCUCACAACAAAGGACAAAAUGUGGCUCGCUGCGUUGUACAUAUGGGGAAUCCUGUUGGCAUUUUCGGCGUGUGACAGCUGCCCAGAUCCUGAGGACGCUGCUUCGUGGGUAAAACUUGAGCCACUGGGGAACUGCGAGGAUGAGGAGAACUUCUGCCCUUACCAAAUCACCCUGCCUCCUCUUUCCAUCCAGCUGCCAAGGCUAGAAAAAAUGGCCAGAGAGCUGCAAAACCUAAAGGAGCUGGUGAACCAGCUGAGAAGGGACUGCCAGGAGUGUAAGGAGAGACAGCGGGUCGAGAGGGGUGGAUUGAAGGACCACGAUGAGGAGGAAGAGGAAGCUCAAAAUUUGAGACAUAAUAAUAAUUUAAGCGGCACAGAGAGACAAAGUCUCAAUGGAGAACAAGUGGUCAGGAUCAUCACCUCAACCCUACCACAAAGAAACAGAGCAGAGAUUGAGGAAAUCAUCAGGAGUGAUGUGAAGAGGAUAAAUCCAUUCAGUUUGGAAAGCCAUGAAUGGAACAUUGACAGGAAUGAUGCAGACCAAGGCACCACUGAUCAGAUUUCUGAGAUGAGCAGAGAGGUUAAAGGUUUUGAUCUUUCACUUGACGAGACAUCAGGGGACACAUCUGAAUUAAGACAAGUGCUCUCACCUAUAACCGAAGACAUACAGAGGGGUCGAAAGUUUCAGCCAGAUGAAUUUUUAGAGCCGUCUAUUUCAAGAACAUCAGAAUCUGUAUCUCAUGGGUCUGAGGUGAGCAGAGAGGUAAAAAUAUUUGAUCCCUCACUUGAAGAGACACCGGGGGACAUAUCUGGGGUAAAACAAGUCUUCUCACCUACAUCUGAAGUGACACACAUUGAACAAAAGUUUCAGCAAGGUGAUCUAUUAGAGUCCUCUAUUCCAAGAACAAAAGACUUUGUACAAUCCGUAACCCAUGGGAAUCGACAACCAAACAUUUUAAGGGACAGAAAUGUGAGGAACAUCACCGGCAUCCUGGCUAUGAGAAGGAGGCUGCAGAAUAUGACCAAUGCGAACGGACCUGGUACCAUUACAGGGAAUGCUAACACAAAGACGGUUUCGGCUGGUAACAGACAGCUUGUUAACUUUUCCAGGACAGGUGGACCACUGAGGCCAAAGACGUACAUAAACAACAGAGCUGGCAAGGUAAGCGACGAAGACAGACUGAGAAACCCUGGCGUGGUGAGGACGCUUCCACAAGCAAGAAACAAGACAGUCAGGCCUGGGCCAACAAGAAAUGGAUUUUCUCCAUUAAGGAGAGCUGGAAUUAACAGUGGACUAACACUAUCAUCCCAAGAAGAUAACAUGUCCAUAAUAAGCCCAAAUCCUGGCACUAAAAGUGCCCUAACACUAUCAACCCAAGAAGAAAAGAUGACAGUGAUAAACCCAAAUCUUGGCACCAACAGUGGACUAACCUCAUCAACGGAAGAAGAAAAGAUGGCAAUAAUAAACCUAGAACCUGGCACCAACAGUGGACUAACCUUAUCAACAGAAGAAGAAGAGAUGAGAAUAAUAAACCCAAAUCUUGGCACCAACAGUGGACUAACCUCAUCAACGGAAGAAGAAAAGAUGAGAAUAAUAAACCCAAAUCUUGGCACCAACAGUGGACUAACCUCAUCAACAAAAGAAGAAAAGAUGAGAAUAAUAAACCCAAAUCUUGGCACUAACACUGGACUAACCCUAUCAGCAGAUGGUGAAGAGUUAACAAUAAUAAAUAAAAGACUUGGCACUGGACUUCCCUUACCAACAGAAGAUAAAAACAUGGCAUUAAUAAACACAAAGCCUAUGACUAACAGUGGACUAACUCUGUCAGACGAUGAUCAAAAGAUUACGAACAAAAAAGACAUAAGUACAGACUCUGAUUCCAGAACAGACUACGAAAAUGACUUGAAAGAUGCAAGACAGGUGUCUGCGGAUGAAGAGGAAAACUUCAGAAAGCUAAACACUAAGACUAAGAUUACAACAACCCAAACAAAUCUGAGGAAGGAAGACCAGGAGGAUGUUAGCCACUCAGCCCAAAUAACAAACAAGUCCUUUAGUACGAUGAACAGAGCCGACCAGCCAAACUUAAUUACAGCUGAGAGCGAGCAUAUGGGAACUGAUGCAAGUCUGGUUAUGAGUAGCACCGAUGCAGACAAAGCAGACUCAUCUUCCCCUGGGAGACAGGUGGAAAAGAAAACAUAUCUAGCCCCAAAUAAGAGAACACAGACUGUGGAUGGCCAUGAGGAUCUGAGGUCCAUUAUUUUGGAAAUCACUAAUGAAAGACAGACUAACCCACUCCCUCCAGAUCAAGAAGAUCACACACAGUCAGGAACGUUCACGGAGGCAGUAAAUGAGGAAAUAAAUUAUAACUCACUGAGUGCAGAGACUGUAAAGAAGACCAUAUUAAGCGAUAGUAAACCCAGUCAAUUGGAAACAGAUCUCGUGAACCCCACCCACAUCCCAAGUGUGAGGGAGCGUACAGCAAGUAUAGCCAGUAAGGUUGAAUCACCUGUAGUAAACCAAGGGACAAGGAGAAUAUUAAUAUCUCAGCCCAAUAAACCUAAAAGUGGGGAAGAUGUGGGAAACAUUCUUUCUAUUAACAGCAACAAGAACAUCAGCAGGAUACGUGAAGCGAGCAACAUGAGGUUUCUAAAAAAUAUCACACGAGUGACGCCAAAAUUCCCCAUACGCCCAGGCAGACAUCCAACAACUUUGAUUUCAUCUGGAGCACCCAAACCUAAUACCAUCAAUAAAAUAUCAGGAAACAGCAGUGUUGUGGUACCAUCUAAUUUUCCCAUCUUACUCCGUAACAGCAGUUUUGGCAGAAGAAAUGGCACUGUAAUGACGAAACCAAGUUAUGUAAGAAGGAGGCCAAAUUUGCAAACCGAGCCCAAGGCAAGCAUUCCAAACAAAGGUUUUAAGACAAACGUAAGCUCAGUGACUCAAUUCAUCAGCUCUACAGGGAAAACAUCUGACGGUAGAGACGAAAACAAAGACAUCCCGCAGGCGAUGGGGUCACAUGUUUUGAAUAAUCUCACCAGUACAGGUUCGAAAUCACUACCAGAGAUUACUCCAAAUGCAGGCAACACCCUAGAUUUGGAUACUGUUGGACAUGGCAAGGAUCAGAGCAGCGUAAUUGUGUUGACUUCAAAGUUUGGCGACAACAAAGAGGACUUAAACAAAGACAACUCUUUGCAUAGUGGUGCACCCGAUUCCCUCAGUGAUGUUGAAGAAACCAAACAAUUAAGUCUGUUAACUACCGUUACUACCAGUGAACGCCCAAUGGGAGUGGACAAAAUCGGCAGCAUGAAGCCGCAGAAUUCAAGGCCAACUGCAUCCACCCAAAACAAAGAGUUAUCAGGUGUAAAUGAAAAAACUUCCUUUAUUCUCACAGGCCAUGGAGAAACUACAAAUACACACGUCGAAAUAGCAGACAUGAGUCAGGUUACCAUCUCACCACCCAUACGCUUUGAAAAUACCGUAGCACCAAGAGAAGUGGAACUUAAUGAAGAAAGAGUGCAGAAAUACUCUGGGGACGUAUCAUCGAAUCCAAAUACUGUCGAUGAUGUCCAAGGUAAUAAUGGAGGGAGGUACUACAAAGCUCCAGUUGUUUUGGAUACGCUUACAAAUGUUGAAGAAAUCAAGGGCUCAAAAGUUUUCUCACUAAGCCCCGAGGACACAGCUGAUGGAUUUAAAACGAUUGCAGUCGGCGAUGACGUAACUCAGACAGAUCGAGGGGAACACAAGAUCCAUAGCAUCUGUGGCAGUGACUGUAUAAACACACCAACCCAACAGCCCGCAACCCAGAGCAGGCCUCUGUUUAAUUCUGAAAGAGGACGAGGACUGCCACAAGACUGUGCUGACUACAUGACAAAAACACAACAUAAUGGCGUGUACAGAGUUACGCCACGAUCAAAAAACAACACAUUUCAAGUCUUGUGUGACAUGGAGACCACCGGCGGUGGGUGGACACUGAUUCAGCAACGCUUUGAUGGCAGCACUAGUUUUAAUCACACAUGGGACGAGUACAAGAAGGGGUUCGGUAAACUAACAGGCGAGUUUUGGCUCGGCAACGACAAGAUCCACUGGCUGACCCAGGCGAAAAACAUGUCAUUGCGAAUAGAGCUCGAAGACUUCGAAGGAGUCAGAGAGUACGCCCAUUAUGACCGAUUCCACGUGGCCAAUGAGAGCCAACAAUACCGCUUGUCCAUCGGUGGCUAUUCCGGGACAGCUGGUAACGCCAUGCAGUUUAAUAAAAUGUACAAUCAUGACCAGAAGCUCUUCACCACUCCCGACAGAGAUAAUGACCUGUAUCCUUCUGGAAACUGUGGGGUUUAUUACAGCUCCGGCUGGUGGUUUGAUGCAUGCAUGUCUGCGAACUUAAAUGGCCACUAUUAUCACACAAAAUACAAAGGGGUGCGUAACGGAAUAUUUUGGGGCACCUGGCAUAAUAUCACUAUGGAGUAUUAUCCAACCAACGAAAGACAAUCUUUUAAGACUGUCAGAAUGAUGAUCAGACCUCGAAACUAUGCAAACUAAAACUAAGCUAUAUUUUGAAUUAAUAUUAUUGAAAUAAAACUGUAAGCUACGUAGUAAAUUGCUAAUCUUGUGUCUGGUGUCAGGAUGGUACAGAUGUGUUCGUAUAUUAUAAUUUUGUUUGGAGAAAUGUUGCAUUCCAUUAAACAUAUUAUUACUUGCUUUUUAAAGACAUUUUAAAAGUUUAUAGUUUGUUUAUAGUGUAUUAGCAUUUGUAAACUGCAUAAUGGGUGGGUGAUUCUCACGAAAACUUGGUUUUAAAAAUGUCAAGCAUGAAAAUGUAAAAAUUGCUUAAAUUUACUUUUUUUCCCACCAGACAUUGAAAAACAAAGUAUUGAGUAAAUGGGAACAUUCAUUUAAAAACUUUUACUUAUCAUUUAACACUUUUUGUAACAUAAUUAAAAAAAUUAGUUCUAAAAAAUCUCAUUACCGCAACAGUCAGAAAACAUCAACACUGACAUAUUUUCAAAAUGACAUGACAAACCUGAAAGAACAUAAUUUGGAGAUUCUGCACAUGCAUUUAAAAUCAAAGUAUUAUGCCUCUAUUAAUUAAAUUUUUAAUUUUUAAACAUUUAAUAAGCAUCUGUUGCGGUAAUGAUAAUCAAAAUGUCGUGUAAGCAUUCUGACAAGACAAUAUUUCAAAUUAACUGUAAAAAAGGAUCUUACCUGAUAGCCAUCUUGAAGUAACUGGUCCAUGUGCUUGGUCACUCAAAAUCAAACUUUAUUAAAAUUCUGUAUGUGUGCUUAAACUGUUCUCAAAAAGUGUUGCGGAGGAUGAGAACAUGAGGCAUGGACACAUCAUUUUCCUAAUUUUUCUUCAUUAUUAUUAUACAUGAAUAUUCAGUAAAUAUUUUUUCUGUCAUCUAAAGUAGUCUAGCAAAACAUCCAUUUAUUUUUGUUCUUAAUAUUUUUGUGUUAAUUUGAUUAAAUUACAACAUAACGCAUGUUCAAACACAGCCGGACACAUUGCGGUAAUGAGAAUUUCAGCAGAAAAUGAAAUAAAAUUUACAAUUAUAAAUUCUUAUGUUGAAAUCACACAUUGUGCAAGGUAGAACACAGUAUUGUGUUAAUUCUGAUGCUUUUUAAUGUUACUAUAUUACACAUUUUAAAGCUAAAAUCAUUAGUGUCGUGGUGUUUCAAUGGUUUCGUGAGAAUCACCUGGGUAUGUGUGAGUAAAUUUAUAGAUACACAUUUCUUCUCCAUCUUGCUGUAAGUUUGAACUUUUUUAUUGUAUCUGCUGUAAAACUGAAUCUGUAACUUUGUUGUUGUAAUUUAAUAUGCUUUAUGGCAACAAGAGUUAUAAAAUAAAACUUUAAUGAUUUAUCAAG